AUGAAGUCACCAUCUCUCCUCGUACUCAGCGUCGCGGCAAUAAGCGCCAAUGCUCACUACUUCUUCGACCGUCUUAUCAUCAACGGCACGCUUACUGAGCCAUGGGAAUACAUCCGCAAGAUCUCCGCACGGCCCAGGACCGACGACGCCUUCAUCACAGACUACGACUACAUCCAGCCGCUCAUAGACCCUGCCUCGGGCGACCUGCGCUGCGGCCGCAACGCCUCGGUCGCGUGGAACGAUGUCAAGACGGCGGUUGUAAGGGCGGGAGAUACGGUCGGGUUUGCGGUGAAUACAACCGUGGGACUGCCGAUUGCAGGCGCGCCUAUCAAUCCGUGGGACCGGUACCCCAACCUCUACCACCCUGGCCCCCUAACCGCCUGGCUCUCGCGCUCCCCUCCCUCCUCCUCCUCCCUAUCCACUUACCCCGGGGAUCUCCCCUGGACCAAGAUCCUCGCCGUCACCACUCGCACCUCGCAAUCCGUCCCACCCACCGACACCUAUACCUGGAAGCACCAAUGGGGCGCAUACCAAGCCACUAAUUGGACCUUCAGCAUCCCGGCGUCCACACCGCCGGGCGAGUAUCUGCUCCGCAUCGAGCAGAUAUACCCCGUGCCUGUGGAUGAGCUGCAGGGCGCGCAGUUUUAUGUCAAUUGUGCACAUGUGAGGGUGUUGGGUAGCGGUGCGGAGGCGAAGGUGCCGGAGAAGGUGUAUGAGGUGGAUAUACCAGGUGUGUAUCACUGGGGCCAGUCGGAAAUUUAUCGAUGGGUGGAUGUGGGGAAUGAGAGCUUUGAUAUUAGGGAUUGGGUCGCGCCGAAGCCGGAUGUAUGGCUAGGGUGA